AUGGUGCAGGCUAUCGCUUUUGGACUGCUCGGGCUGGCUGCCUCUGCUUUGGGCACUUAUGCACCCUACUAUGCGAACCUGACGUGGGAGCAACCGCGGACUCUGUCUAACUGGUCCAACCUUACCGUGGAGACACGGACAGGGACGUUCAUCGGCAUGCUGAAUGACACUUAUCCGGAUGUUCGACAGUUUCUUAGAGUUCCUUAUGCCAAGCCCCCUGUUGGGGAUCUGAGAUGGCUUCCUCCUCAUCGGCUUGAUAACUCAAGCAAGAAGAUUGAUUCCACCUUCUACGCCUGUCCGCAGUAUGUGUCAGCAGAGAGUGAUUUCUGGAAUGAAUACGAACCGGAGAAUCUGCUGCUCUCCGUCGGUGAAAGGCUCAACCAGGGAUCCACGGCAUGGUCCUCCUCGGAGGAUUGCCUGUCUCUAGCGGUGUGGACUCCAUCGUAUGCUAAUGAGACCUCCAAACUGCCAGUUGCGCUGUUUGUCACGGGAGGUGGUGGCAUCACCGGGGGUAUUAACAUCCCGUCCCAGCUGCCCUCUGCUUGGGUAUCGCGCUCUCAGGAGCAUAUCGUUGUUACCAUCAAUUAUCGAGUCAACAUUUUCGGCAAUCCCAAGUCACGCGCGUUGAAUGAGACGUCGCUAACACUGAUGGAUGUGCGCGCUGCCGUGGAGUGGGUAUACGAGAAUAUUGAAGCGUUUGGUGGCAAUCCCGAAAAUAUCAUGCUAUGGGGACAGUCACAGGGUGCCCUGCUGACACAUCUGUACACCCUCGCAUGGCCAGAAGAGCCUCUUGCCGCCAAGUUCGGCGUCAUCUCCCAAGGAGCAUCUGCCACACUCAACCUCUCCACCUCGCCCGACGUGUACCAAGACUUUGACAUCGUGGCCAAGGGACUAGGGUGUAAUUACGGUGAUGAUGCCGAGGCCGAGCUGGAGUGUAUGCGUGAAAUCUCCUGGGUCCAGAUCGAGGAGUAUAUCAACCGCUACAAUAGCUCUCCUUCUAUCGCUUUCACCAACUAUAUCCCCGAUGAGCGAUACAUUUUCUCCGACGAAAGACAGCGAUACCUUGAGCGCAAGGUGGCCCGAGGCCCAUCAAUUCGAUCUGACACGGCACGAGAAUUCCCCAGCACAAACACGACUUCGGUGAAUAUUGAAGAGGGCGAAUCAGACUGUCUGGCAGUGACUGAUCUUGCGCUGCGUGCGUCAAUUGGACUCGAGACCUAUCGCUACUACUGGGCUGGCAACUUCUCCAACAUCAGUCCCGUCCCGUGGCUAGGAGCAUUCCACUGGACUGACCUGCUGAUGAUCUUCGGCACAUACAACCUCGAUGUCGGCGAGAUCUCACAGUUGGAAAUCGACACCUCCGCUACGAUGCAAGACUACCUGCUUGCCUUCCUCAAGGACUCGUCAACCGUCAGUGAGACGGUCGGAUGGCCAGUAUACCUAGGCAAUGAGAGCAACGGGGGCCUCAUCCUGGAAUUCGGCAACGAGACAGCGGUACGCACCGUCACAGGCGACUGGCUUGACGCGGGCUGCUACAAUUCAUCUAUCCCAUUCAGAAUCUGGGGGUAA